AUUAACAAAUUAACCAGCGUAAAACACGAAAAAUUGACUAGCGAAGCUAGCCUCUAAGGGUUUCUUCAUUGUCGUUAUCUUCUUCAUCAAUUCACACUAACUACCGCAAAAACACAAUCCAUCAUCGCCGAACCCUAAAACGCCACCGUUUUAACGGAAAUUCCUUUACAAUAUAGAGUGUUCCUCUAGCUUCUGAGGUUCACUGGUCACACACCAUGGUUCUCUCACUCGCGAGACUCACCAUUCUCCUUGGUGCAGGUGUUGUUGGUUCAGUUAUGGCUAAAGAAGGUCGAUUGCCGGAUUUUUCUGGGAUUGUAUCUAGUGGUUUCAAGGUUGUUUUUAAGCAACUUCAAAGCAAUGAUUCUACUUCAACUGUUCCAAAGCCACAUAAUGAUAAUUUGCUUGCUCAGGUUAAUAACCUCCGGGAUGAAAUAAAAGAUUUGGUUAGAGAUGGCGGAAUCACUAUUUUAAAUGGAAGUGGAACAGACGGAAGAAAAUAUGUAACAGUGGUCAUUAUUGGGGUAGGAUGUGGAUGCCUUUGGUGGAAGGGAUGGUUUCCAGAUCUGAGGUUUGCAACAAGGCGUAGUUUAAAUGAUGCUUGUACAGACAUAGGUAAUCAGCUAGGGAAGGUUUAUGGAUCAAUUGAGGAAGCCAAGACGAAGUUGUCUGCAAAAGUAACUGGUGCAGAAAAAAUCAUAGAUGCUAUUGCAGUCGAUGCAGUAAACACCCAAGCAGAUAUCGAUGCAAUACAAAGCAAAACAAAAUUAAUAGAUGUAGAUCUCAAAGGUUUUCGGCCUAUAAUUGAACUACUUCAAGAUAAAAUCAAUGAAAUAGAAGAGAAACAGAAUGACACAAAUAAUAAGGUGGGGGGAGUGCGUCGAUUUAUCGAGAUUUUGGAGACAGGCACGCCUCCUCAGAAUAUUCAGGGACCUUCAUCCAUGCCAGCCAUUGAGGAGCUACCACCAGUUUCACCAUCUUCCAAGGCUGUGCAGUCAGGUCCUUCCAGGCUAUAUCUUGAGCAGCCUUCUAUUACACCAAUAUCAAGGGCUGAAUCUGUGCCUCCAACUAGGUCAGCUGAUCCACCGUCUCCUUCAAACACUGUUGAAUCUGUUCAGGAGAUUAGUCCAGUGUUUGAGAGAACUUCUUCCUUUAGUCGUGUGAAUUCAACGAGAACUCCUACUACAGGAAACGUGAACAAUGGAUCUAGUUCUGGUGGCUUUUUUGGGAUGAAUUUGUCAAGCAUGUAUGCGCCGUUGCUGAGAACUCGUAGUGCGACCAAUGCGAUAAUACAAGAAACUCGUCCAAGUAGUUGAUAACAGUACCAGACCUAUUUUUUUUUCGUUGGUUUCCAUUAAAUUAUAGAUGAUUGGAUAUUUUUGGGCGGAUGGUGUCACCGAUAAGCGGUGUCUGUUAAGAGAUUGUAUGCACCAUUCGUUACAACUAUGCCAAAGCCAGUCUUAUUAGAGAAACGACUGAGCAGUGAAUUUUGCAGAGAUGCUGUGUUUCUCGGUUUUCUUAGGUUAUUACUAAAAUAAGAGUUUCUCCGAUAUUUAAAUAUUGGGAAGGCAAGAAUAGUUUAAUUGUUUGAACACUUUAGUCUCCAUAUUAUUAUUUUUAGAAUGAAACACAAAAACUUGUUAAGAAUUUUACAUGUUUGAUGUUUUGGCGUUGA